AUGAUUCCUGUACAAUUCACGAUAGAGCUUAGCUCAGUGUUUGGCAAUAGCCAGAUCCUCCUUUCAGCGCCCUCCAAUACUUUCAUAUCUCAUUUACAAAAUCAUAUUUUCUCUCUUCUCCCUUCAUCAAUAAACAAUCUCAACUCAUAUUUUGUGACUUCUUCAAACAGGUUGAUAUCGAGCUAUAAUACAUUACUAGAGCUCAUUCAAAUUGAAAAUUGUAACUCAACCAGCAAAGGUUUUUUCAGCUUGCGACUAUGUCAUCGAUUACUUGGUGGUAAAGGUGGAUUUGGGUCUACUUUAAGAACUCAAAACAAAACAAAGUCCUCAAAAUCUCUAGUUAAUUCAAAUGAUCUUUGCAGGACACUAAAUGGAAAAAGAAUCAAGAACAUUAAAAACACUCAACAGUUGAAAACCUACAUUAGUAGCUUACCAGCUUUAAAGAAAAAACUACUUGAAGAAAAGAAAAAAAAAUUGCUCGCUAAAAUAAAUAAAAAUCCAAAUAAAAUUUCGCUUAAAAAUCAUGAAGGAAUCAAAUUCAUGAGAGAGUCUGAUGAAGCGAUAAAUGAUUUAUGCACAACAUUAGACCAAGUCAUUGGAAGUAAUUAUGACUAUGAUGAUGAUGAUGAUGAUGAUGAUGAUGAUGAUGAUGAUGAUGAUGAUGAUGAGGAUUUGUUUUCUUUAUCUGAUAUGAGCGAUUUUGAAAAGAGAUUAGAUGAUGAUGGCAGUGAUUAUAUAAAUGAUAUGAAAGACAUAAACGAAACUGGAACAAGCCAACAAAAAAAUUCAAAAUUUGAAACAAAUAACAAUAAACCUGAAUUCAUGCGCUUUUUUAACGAUGAUUCUGAAUAUUCUUCUGAUGAAGAAGAAAACAAUUUUAUUAAUUCUAAUGAUGAUUUACUGAAAGGAAAAUCAAAAGAGUCAAUAAGAAAACAUUUGAUUAAUUGA